AUAGUGGCUAUCUACCACCACCGUUCCGCCCGAUACACCGAUACAUCGAUAUCAUCGCGAGUGGCUAACCCAGCUCUGAAAGGGAAGCAAGACACCUAAAAGCAGCAACAAAAUGCGCAGCGCGGAAACACAGGCGGCGUGUUAAAUAAAAUAAUAAUAUAUAGUCGGUGCAGCUGGCCGUGUGUGGCCGCUGGAAAAACGGGAAAAGCGUUUACACAGUGCUUUUUAUUUAGCAUUUUCUCCGUUUCGCCCGUGUCUGUGUAUGCGUGUGCUGCGUGCGUGAGUGUGCGUGUUUUUUUUUCCUCAUUUGGUGUGUGCUUUUUUUUUGUACAUUGCGGAGACGCGCUCUUUUUUGUGGCAGACGGGCGGAAAAGAUGAAAAACCGCAGAGAGAGCGGUGAAAAUUGAUGGGAAAAUGUAUAAAGUUUGUUAAUUGAUCGUUUUCGAAAUGAAAGCAUAGAAAAAGGAGCAUCAACGGCGGCAGCAGCAACAACAACAACGAGUAACGAAAAACGGCAAAAUUUUUUUGUUUGCCUCGUAUCGCAUUUUCUCACUCUCUCUCUCUCCCGCUGCGUGUGUGUGUGAGUGUGUGUGUGCGCGUCACAUAUCGACGUCCCUCUCUUGCCACCGACAACAACAACAAAUACAAAACGAAGGAAGGAAAGAAAAAGGGGAAUAAAGUGAAACAUGUUUUUCUGUGGCAACAGCAACAACAUAAGCGGCAGCUGCAACUAUCGGCAGCAACAACAACAGCAGUAUCAUAAAACAUGUGUGGAAUAAUCGCAGCGAAUUGAACAAAGCCCAAAGCCUGGAAAUAAAGUAACCAAAAAAGAGAAACGUCGAAAAUCAAAUCAACACAAACAACAACAACAGCAGCAGUAUCAGUAGCAGCAGUACAGUUUUGUAAACAAAGCGUGGCGACAAUUAUUUACCAUUAUCAAUUGCAAAAAGAAACAAACAAAUUUAAAAGUGCUUGUGAAAUGUUUAUGCAAAAUGUUGAGCAUAGCGGAAGCCAAAAAUUUCCAUAAAACCAAAAGUACACUAACUUGAGAAAAUCGAUAGAUUCUAGCUUACUAAUCGAUAAAGAGAAAACCAAAAAAAAUAAAAAACAAUCCAUACAGCGCAGAAGAAAGACAGAUCGCAAAAGUUUUUGCUUUCUUCUCAGAUUUCCCCCGUGCGUUUGUGUGCGUGUGAGUUCGCAUUCGCGCGUGUGUGUGUGUGUUUUGUUUUCAUUAGAGCACACACACACGCCCCGUUGUGUGGGAGUGUGUGUAAUUGCAAUGUCGAGCGGUAAAUAAACGGAAAGAGCAAUAACAAUAAUAACAACAACAGCAGCAGCAGGAGAAACGUGUUUUUGUUUUGUUUGUUUCAUAAAUGUUUGACAAUUACACUGUAAAAAAGAAAGAAAGUAAUUCGUGACAAGUGCGCGGACAAACGGUAAAGCAAAUUCGAAAAAAAGACUUGAAACUUGUGUUCAUAAUUUUAAACAAACAACAAAAAGUAUUCGACCCAUUUAAAAAUAUAUACGAAAAAAUAUAUAUUAACCAAUACCACAUACAUAAAUCUAUAUUAACUGGUAAUCACGAAAGGAAAUUCAAACAAAAACAAAUAAUAAGCCAACAACAACGACGCAAAGGAUAACGAAAUGAAUGCAAAUUACGCAAAAAAAACUAUUUAAUUUAUACAAAAAAAACUACAAAUCACAAGCAACCAAAAUCCGACACAAAAACACAAUUUCAAACUAUCCAAAUCGCAUGAACAAAUAACGCAACAUAUAUAUAUUCAUCUAUAUAAAUAUAUAUAAGCAAGAGUAUAUAUAUGUCAAGUACAUAUAGCGUAAUACAUAGGAGCCAACAAACCAAGUAAAGAUUCAUUAAUCAGCGCAAAACCAACAAACAUCAUCCCCAUGUAUAGAUUAGAGGAUACGAAUAGCGGCGGCGUUAUGGAUAAGAAUAAACAGAAACUGUCCGCUUAUGGGUCCAGCGGGGGCAGCGUCGACGCAGCGCAGGGCAGCGGAAGCGGGGGCGGAAGACAGCGCCACGCCCCCCUCUACGGGCGAUUCGUCGACGCAGAGGAUCUGCCUGCCACGCACCGGGAUGUCAUGCACCAUCACUCUAGUCCCUCGUCUUCGUCGGAGGUGCGCGCCAUGCAGGCCCGGAUUCCCAACCACUUUCGGGAGCCCGCCUCGGGACCUUUGCGCAAGCUGAGUGUCGAUCUGAUAAAGACCUACAAGCACAUCAACGAGGUUUACUAUGCGAAAAAGAAACGUCGUGCCCAGCAGACGCAAGGAGACGACGACUCAUCUAACAAAAAGGAGCGAAAACUUUAUAACGACGGCUACGACGACGAUAAUCACGACUAUAUAAUCAAGAAUGGCGAAAAGUUUUUGGAUCGCUACGAGAUCGACUCUCUGAUCGGCAAAGGCAGUUUUGGCCAGGUGGUGAAGGCUUACGACCACGAGGAGCAGUGCCACGUGGCGAUCAAGAUAAUUAAGAAUAAGAAACCGUUCCUAAACCAGGCACAGAUCGAGGUCAAGUUGCUCGAGAUGAUGAAUCGGGCGGAUGCCGAAAACAAAUACUACAUCGUUAAGCUCAAGCGGCACUUCAUGUGGCGCAACCACCUGUGCCUGGUGUUCGAGCUGCUCUCAUACAACCUGUACGACCUGCUGCGGAACACCAACUUCCGGGGCGUUUCGCUGAACCUCACGCGCAAGUUCGCCCAGCAGCUGUGCACCGCACUGCUCUUCCUCAGCACCCCCGAACUGAACAUAAUUCACUGUGAUUUGAAGCCCGAGAACAUCCUGCUGUGCAACCCGAAGCGCUCGGCGAUCAAGAUCGUUGACUUUGGCAGCUCCUGCCAGUUGGGACAGCGGAUCUACCACUACAUCCAGUCGCGCUUCUACCGCUCGCCGGAGGUGCUGCUUGGCAUCCAGUAUGACCUGGCCAUCGACAUGUGGUCACUGGGCUGCAUCUUAGUCGAGAUGCACACCGGCGAGCCGCUCUUCUCCGGCUGCAACGAGGUGGACCAGAUGAACAAGAUCGUCGAGGUGCUGGGCAUGCCGCCCAAGUAUCUGCUCGACCAGGCGCACAAGACCCGCAAGUUCUUCGACAAGAUCGUCGCCGAUGGCUCCUAUGUUCUGAAGAAGAAUCAGAACGGCAGGAAGUACAAGCCACCAGGAUCCCGCAAGCUUCACGACAUCCUCGGAGUGGAAACAGGCGGUCCAGGCGGCAGGCGUCUCGAUGAGCCGGGCCACUCUGUCUCAGACUAUCUGAAGUUCAAGGAUCUGAUCCUGCGCAUGCUCGACUUUGACCCCAAGACACGGGUCACGCCCUACUAUGCCCUGCAGCACAACUUCUUCAAGCGCACGGCAGACGAGGCAACCAACACGAGCGGCGCGGGCGCCACAGCGAACGCAGGAGCCGGUGGCUCCGGUUCCAGCGGAGCAGGAGGCUCCAGCGGCGGAGGCGUCGGCGGCGGCCUCGGAACGAGCAACAGCAGUAGCGGUGCGGUCUCCUCAUCCAGUGCAGCGGCUCCAACGGCGGCGACAGCAGCGGCCACGGCCGCAGGAUCGUCCGGUUCGGGUUCAAGUGUCGGCGGGGGAUCCUCCGCAGCGCAGCAACAGCAGGCGAUGCCGCUGCCAUUGCCGCUUCCCUUGCCGUUGCCACCACUCGCGGGUCCUGGCGGUGCGUCAGAUGGCCAAUGUCACGUUCGGCGCAUAGUGCGAAUUUAAUUUGUUGUACGAAACUCAAAUUUGUGAUGAGUAGCAAGCAAGAAUGCAAGCAAUGAUGAUUGGUGGUCCCUCAUAUAAAGAUAAAUUCCUUUCUUUUUCUAUUCGAACACCUCGCUCGAUCACUCGAAUACAAAUAUGUGUCAAAUAAAACCCAUGCAAAUUCAAUUGAUGCCAGCAGACGAUCGCCGAUGACCGGCAACAACGGCAGCCACAUCUGCAGCAGCAACAUCGACUGCGGCGGCAAAUUCGAGGAUGCCACAACAGUAAGCAGCGACAUGCAGCAUGCGGCAUGCAACCGAGCAACCGUGCAACUGUGCUGCUAUGCAACGUGCAACGAGCAACUUUAGGAGCAGCUGCAACAUGGUCGUGUUAUCCAUUAUCUAAUAGCUACUGCGUUUUGUAAAUACUCAUGUAUCUCUUUCACAUUAAAACACACACCAUCUGUCUAUCUCUUUCCACGCCUCUGUAUCUCUCUCUUUCUCGAACGCCACUUAAAAAAAAAAACAAGAAAUGCAUUUGUUUGUUUUCCUAUCAGAAGUAAUGUGGCGCCUUCACAACUGAUUCCAAUAAACCGAGAAUUUUUUUUUUAGAACUUAAUAUGUAAUUUGUAUCGUGCUCACGCAUUUUAAGCGCUCGGAUGAAAAACAAUCGUGUGUUAAGUGUUUAACGUUUUUUUGUCAACUUAAUACCGCAAAAAUGUCUAAAGAGUAAUUACCUAAGUCUAAGCUAUUAGUGUCAUAGAACCGUACGAAGAGUUUGCGAAUACAUAAGAAUAAUAAUAAGAGGAAUCCUUAACGACUUUCUUAAUGACUGCCAUACAUAUAUACAUACAUCUAAUAUACAUACAUAUAUGCAUAAGUACAGGUAUAUACAAGUUAAACGACACUGAGAGAAACAGUGAACAGCAGGGGAUCUCGUUGCAAAUUAAAAUUUGUUUUAAAAAAAUAUAUCAUUUCAAAUCUCGAGUGCUUGUAAACAUUUUCAGCAGUAGCAACUUUUCUUGUUAACUUUUAAAAUCAUCUGUUAAAGGUGAUUAAGGUUUCAGUUUUACUAACCUUUUCUAGCAUAAAAAAGAAAACACUAGACAGUUUCUUAAAUUCAUUUACCAUUAAUUCACUACCAUUUCAAUUGGAUAAUUAUAGAAACACGAAUCAUCAGUGCUCUUCCUUUAAUCCAAAUUCAUAGUUUCCGUAGUCGAAAUAGGCAACCCUGCUGUUUAAUCUUCGAAAAAAUAUUUAAGCGCGAAAAACGAAAAUUUGUAAGAGCGAUAAUGGAUCUCAGUGAAAUAUGCGAAAUACGAAACACAAAUCAUAGUUUGUAAAAAGUAUAAAUCCAAAACGAAAAUCGUAGACAUGUAAAAACGAAACAAAUUUCACAAGCAAAAAAGUGGUUAGGAAAGGAAUCUGUUUAGUAACCAAAGUACAUACACAAAAGUCAAGUAAUGAGAUGUGAACUUAAUGGAAAACCCCAGUUUGUAACAUAGACGUAAAUAGUUUUUUUUUUUUAUCCCCUAAUUAUAACCGUUACUCGCUUGAUUCGUUAAAAAUUUAUGUAGCAGAUAGAAAAGCGUUUUAACUCUAUAACGUAUAUCAAUUCUUUAUUGGGAUCCAUGUCCGCCUGUCUGUGUCUGUCCGUAUCAGUAUUAACGUCGAGAUCUUCAGAGACAUCGACGUAGUGCAACUUUUAAAAAGAUUUUGUUUUAUUCGAUUAUUUUAUUCGAUUUAAUUUUAUUUGCCUUUCCAAAACAUUUUGAUCGCGCAAAACUGUCAUGCACACUUUAGAAAUUUUUCCAUUUAAUUUUUUUUACGCGAUUUCUACCGAUAUUUCAGAAAAAUGUAUAAAUGUCCACUAGCUGAUGUAACGGGUAUCUGAUAGUCGGGGAACUCGACUAUAGCAUUCUCCUUUGUUUUAAACCUUUAAUUGCCGUCGGAUAAUGUGUGGUAAAAGCAAAUAAUAAUAGUUUUCUCAAUUCUUUCAAAGGAAUAUACGUUUUUAUAAUUUAUGACAUUAUAAAUAUAGAUAACCUAACGAAAUGAAACCCUGAUUUAAAACAUUAAUGAAUGCCGUAAUUUCUGAACCGAACGUACAUAAAUUAGUACUCUAUAAAUAGCGUAACGCAUUAUAUUUGCUUUUACGACCCUUUUUGUGUGUGGUAAAACACUUCUUGGCAUUAAAGGGAUAACGUAACUGUGGCUUUCUCGCUCUCUUUCUCAAACUUUUGGGAAUUACAGGGAUUUCGUGUAACGAAACCUCAGCGAAGAAGGAGAGCGAGCAAGCAAGCGAUAGCCGCUUUCUUUUGUGAUAAAAACAACCGCAAAAAAUAAUUAACCCUAUGAAGCCAUAGCAUUGCCGCAAUCUUCAAAAAGUUCGGUCCUUGUUACAAAUACAAAAAGCAAAAAUGAAAAAAAAAAACAGGCAAAAAUGUUAAGCAACAAAGCUAAUAGAAACAAAACACACUUUCAGAAAUAAAACUGCGGUUAAUAUUUAAAUAUAUGCAAAACAGUUUUAAUUGUAACGAUUGAUAAGCGAUACCCGAUAAACAAAUGGCGAUAAGUAUCGAUAGAGCGUCUAAUAUGCUAAAUACGAGUUGAAAACCAAACACAAAUCAUAGUUUGUAAAAAGUAUAAAGUCGUAGGCAUGUAAAAAUAGCAGAAAAAAUUGGUAAAUGAAUAAAUGAAUGCGUUUAGUAAACCACAAGAAGUGAAUAAGAAAACAAAUGAAACCGUAUAGCAAGCAUAACAAAUUAAAUCAGUACGUACUAAAGAGAAGAACUUUAGCAUUUAAUAAAUUAACAUACAUACAUCUAUAUAUAACACUUACGAGUAAUUAUGCGGAAAAACUCAAUUACUUUUAUUAGACCCAGACGAAAACGCAGACAGACAAACGGAUACGAAAUACAUAUAAAAGUAAAAAGUAAAUAUUUAUUAAAAUUAGAGGUUAGCCCCGAUAAAAUGAUCCAUGAUCUAUGAAUUUAACAGCAACCGGAGAGACACUUAACAAAACUUGUGUAAAAUACUAAAACCCGAAAAGCGAGUGUUAUAGGUCGAGUAAGUUUAAAAGUCACCAUACAUACACACAUACCCAGCAAAACACUGAAGAUGGCGAAGUAUUCAAUAAGAGCGAUAACUGCAACGAUAACGAUAACCAAUUGUUAUUUGGGCAGAGUUGCGUUUUGGAAAGAAAGCGGAAAUGAAAGCAAAAAGAAAGUGCAAUAGCGGUAAAGACAGACGGAAAAGCGGGGAGACCAUAAUGCAUUUUUUUUACGAAACAGUAUUGCAAUGAUAUGAAAAAUAUGAAAUUUGAAUUCAACCCAAAUUAAAAAAAAAACAAAAGAGAACACAAAAAGCACUCACACACAUA